AUUUUCCUGCCUUUCUGGAUCCGACUGGCCUCAUCGACGCAGGAUCUUUUUGUACUGGGUGCUGAAUGCAUAAACAGCACAGAACAUCAAUAUGCCUUCGCUAACGACUCAAUCAGAAACAUUGACACCUGAAAGCAUACCUCACACAUUGCUCCCUUUCCUUCAGUCUCAAUCGCAAAACACCCUCACGCGGUUAUAUCAACGACCAUCCUCAUGUUUCUCAAUAUUUCGACUUACCGGGCCUUUGGAAAGGCAAAUCAUAAUGAACCUGCUAUGGCUGGAGUCUGCCAUACCUAUAGCUACAAUGUCCGCAUGGGUUAUUCGUGAGGGGAAAAAGUUAUAUGAUGCUGCAUUGACAACACUCGCCAAUUUACAUAUUUUACCACAAUCUAAUGUCAAGCUUGCUCUCAAUCCGACGUUCAAAGCUAGUUUUCGGCAAGCUAUAACUGGAGGAGGGAACAGUUCAAGCUUUGGCGUACCUGCCGAAAAAGAUGAUAAGCGUUCAACAAAUACCGUCGAGACACUCGAUGCAUAUGCGCUGGAAAGAUGGGAGACCAUUCUCCAUUAUAUGGUGUCGUCUGGACAGGGGUCGUUACCAACAAAGCCAUCACAAGGCGUUCUUUAUCUUUUGCAACGCAGUGGAUUGAUGACUCAAAACCACGGUUCCGCCUUGCAGAUUACAUCCGCCGGCUUCCAAUUCUUACUUCAUACCCCUCAUGACCAACUAUGGGAUCUAUUACUCCAGUAUCUUCAUAUGGCCGAGGAAAGACAAAUGGACCUUGUUGAAGUGCUCAGCUUCUUGUUCAUGCUAUCGACGAUGGACUUAGGAAGGGAAUAUUCCACUGAAGGUCUCAGUGAAACACAAAAGGCUAUGUUAGAAGACUUGCGGGAUUAUGGUCUCGUAUGGCAACGCAAGGCUACGUCUAAACGAUUCAGUCCAACGCGUCUAGCAACUACGCUAACCUCGUCGUGUCCUCCCCUUCCGACCUCCACGGGGACCAGCGGGGGACCCCAGUCGCAAGGAUUCAUAGUCCUGGAAACCAAUUACAGGAUCUAUGCUUAUACAGACAAGCCUCUCCAAACCGCCGUUCUCAAUCUUUUCAUCACCAUGAAAUACCGGUUUCCUAAUCUUGUCGUCGGCAUGCUUACCCGAGAGAGCGUCAAAAAAGCUCUUUCCAAUGGAAUUUCUGCUGAACAGAUCAUCAGUUACCUCACUACUCAUGCCCACCCUCAAAUGCGCAAAAAUAAUCCGCUACUGCCUGUCACUGUGCAGGACCAAAUUAGACUCUGGGAAUUAGAGCGGAAUCGUCUCAAGUCAGAAGAAGGAUACCUGUACAAAGACUUUGGCUCUCAUGCGGACUACGAAUACGUCCUCAACUACGCCAAGCAACUUGACGUCGUUCUUUGGGAAAACACCUCGCGUAGGUGUUUCUUUGGAAGCCUUGAUGGACACACGAACAUACGAGGCUUUAUCGAGCGAAGGACGAAUGGGGCAGUUUAGACAAGGGCUGACUGCUUGCAACAUGCCGAAACCGUGUUUCUUUCCCUGAGUUGCAUGUGCUCUUUGCUAUUCCUCGUUACGCCCCCCUUGCACCUGGUGACUCCAGGAACACUCUUCAUUCGAUGAUUUGGAACUUCAUUUCUCAGUUUGAUUGGUGGACUUUUGGAUCAAGUGACGUCGCAUGUCAAAUCGCCUGCGCUAUCUCCGUAUAUGCUUCUACGUCAAAAAUUACCAGAUCGAGCACCAACACCACCACACCAACAGUAGAAAAAUGGGCGCAUCCAUAGGGACGAUUUAUUGGUACAAUACUGUUAACAGACAGAGAAUCCUAAUUGAUUAUAAGUGUUCGCUACGUGUGUCGAAAUCAACAAAAAUGAAGAUAAAUAAUACAACAAUGCAUGCAUAUAGGCUAGUGAGCGUUCAAUACUCGCGUGGACCAUCAGAUUUACAGAAUACAAAACCGCCUUCAAGACCGACGACGUCUAUCGCAGUGUUUGUGUCGCGCCAACGUCCCACAAGGCUCUUGUUGUGGAUAUAACCUCU